AUGGGGUCUUCCAUUAGACGGACAGACCUAUUGGCUCUGUCAAAUCUUCGUGACGAUGGACGUAAACCCGAAGAAAUCCGGCGAAUGAGGAUUCAAAUGGGACCCAUCACCUCGACAGCCGAAUCCGUGGGAGGAAGUGCUCUUGUCGAAAUGGGCCUUACAAUUGUCCUAGCUACCGUCAAGGGACCAAUGGCCUGCGUUCGCCGCUCGGACGAGCUUCCGGAUCGCGCCAUUAUGGAUGUAAGCAUAAAGGCGACACCUUUUGCUCCAUCUGGGGAUCGACGGGUCACCAACCCGAACAGUGACCGAAGACUGAUUGAGAUCUCGCACAUGCUCAAGCGCGCAUUGGAAGCCACUGUCUUGCUACAUCUGUACCCAAAGUCACGAAUUGAAGUCAGCGUUGUCAUUCUGGCUGAUGACGGAGGCCGCUUGUGCGCAUCUAUCAACGCUGCCUCGAUGGCACUUGUGGACAGUGGAAUCCCCAUGAAGGACCUGCUGUGCUCCUGCUCAGCAGGGUAUGCUGGCGGGACGACUGAUACAACACUAGUGGAUCUUAAUCGUAGGGAAGAAUCUCCGAAUGGUGGGCAGCCAGCUGUGUAUCUUCCGUGUGCGAUGCUGCCGCAACGUGGGACCAUUGUGCUUUCGCAAUGCGAAUCCCGUUUACCCGAUUUUGACACAUUGGAGCGAGUUCUAGACGCUGCCAUGGAUGGAUGUCGUGCUGUCUUUGAUAUUCUCCAAGCAGCCAUUCAAGAACACGCAUCUAAAAUUUUGUCCAUUCGAAGUGGGAACGGAGGUAUUGACACGCCAUUUUCACAAUGA